UUAAGACCCAAUCAAAUAUAUACAUUUCACACUUGCCCACCUGUAUAUAUAUAAAUAUAUCUUCGUUUCUUGAUCACCCCUUAUUUUCUUCUCCCCACAAAUUCUUGAUCAAACAAUAAAACAUGACCUUAAACCAUCUUAUUCACAUGUUAUCAGAGCACCCAACGGUCGUCGGGUUCCGUUGGAGCCAUGCCCAAUCAUGGGGCGCGACAUGGGUGUUUCUUUUCUUGUCAAUAUCUUUCUACUUUAUCGUCUCGGUCACCCUCCAUGUCAUCCUUCUUCUCUUGCGCCAUCGAACACGCCCUGUCCCACUUGGCCUUAUCCCCGCCUUUCAUAGCUUUGUUAUGUGUGUAAUAUCGGCCAUCAUACUGGUUGGAACCCUGACCUCUGCUAUUGCAGAGAUCAGGGACACCAGGUGGUUAUGGGGCCGUAAUAAAACCCCUCUUCAAUGGCUCCUCUGUUUCCCUCUAGGGACGCGCCCAUCAGGGCGUGUGUUCUUUUGGUCUUACGCUUUUUAUCUAUCACGUUACUUGCACGUGAUUAGGACCUUUUUUACAAUUUUGAGACGUCGUAGACUUUCUUUAAUUCAACUUGUUACCAAUUCCGUUCCAAUAGUGAUGUCUUUUAUAUGGUUAGAAUUCUCACAAUCAUUUCAAGUACUUGAAAUCGUGUUUACCACAUUUACUUACACCGUCGUGUAUGGAUAUCGGUUUUGGGUGGAAUUAGGAUUGCCAACGGCUUCGUAUCCAAUAGUGGCUAACAUUCAAAUAGUCUUGUUGGGGUUAAAUUUGAUAUGUCAUUGUGGGGUGUUGUUUUUGCAAGUAUGGGGAGGAGGGUGCAAUGGAAUUGGGGCAUGGGUUUUCAAUUCCAUCCUCAAUGGUGCAUUCCUAUUCAUGUUCUUGAAUUCAUUCGUUAAAAUGCGAUGGCUUCAUCGAAAAGCAAUGGAAUCAACGACUACAAAUGGUAAAAUUGAAUAAGGAACGACGAUCAUGAGUCUUACAGAAUUACCCUCAGGGGGCGAGCUAGGUUCAUCAUAUUCGUUAACUUGGAGCUGGCCCCAUUUAUAAUGACGAUUUAAUUCGACUGGUAUGUUUUAUAAAGUCGAGUUAAAUAUGAAUUGUGACAUGUAUGAUUUAUUGAUGUACAGAUUAAAUGAAGAUAACAAAAGUCAUGAGAGAAUGAGAGAUAUGAUCAGCUUUGUUUAUUGUUUGUAAUUGUAUUUUAACUUUAAACAACGAUCUUGACAAUGUUGAUACAUGAGAUUGUUAAUGGUAACAUUUUUUUUUAUGUAUAAUAAUGUCCAUGUUAUCGAAACACAAUGGUUCCAUUUUGAACACUAAUAAAAUGUUGUUCGUAGA